AUGAAGGGAAGAAAGAUUGACCUAUCUCAUUUAAAGGUCUUUGGUUGCACCUGUUUCGCUCAUAUUCAGGCUUCUCAUCAGGAUAAGCUUGAUCCAAGAGCUAUCAAAUGCAUGUUCUUGGGAUAUUCUUCAACACAGAAGGGGUUGCCUACUCCUGCUGCAAGUAUUGACUCCAGUCAUCCUAUGCCUUCUAUUGCUCAUCCUUCAUCUCAUGAGCCUGAAAUUAAAAUUUAA